AUGCAGCAAUAUACUCAAGGAAAGCGGAGCUGCGGGCCCCUGGUGCUGGCGGCUGUGCUGGGCCUCACCCUGCUCGCACCCCAGGCAGCAGCAUGGACCACGGGCCGUGCCACCUUUUACGGCAAUGAGCCUUGGAACUGGGACAUCCACCACGGCUCCUGCGGUUACGGGUACAUCUGGCCAGACCAGAACACAGGCUGGGACAUUGCAGCCCUGGCGGACUCAAACUCGCGGUACAGCGGCAGCUGCGGGCGCUGCUACGAGGUCAAGUGCGACCCCAAGUGGGUGCGCGAUGGCUACGGCGAAGAGAUGGACCGCUCCUCGGUCUGCCGCGAGGGCAGCGUCAUCGUGCGCACGACCGACACGUGA